AUGGAGGGGAAGGAUGCUGUGAGGGAGGUUGCGAGGAUUCCAGUGAUGUGCGCACCCCUACGCGCCGUGAAGUUCGGCCUGCUCUUGCCGCAGCCUGAGCUGCCAGAAGUGGAGUUCUCACGGCGCUUGGUGCAGAAGUCUUUGGCCAAGAAGAGGAUUUCAGCCGUCAAGGUGGCCAACGACAAGAUUGUUUGCCAGGUCCCAGCUGGACGCUUGAAAGCCCUAAAGGGGCGAACGGUGAAGCAAUGCAGGCGUUGGGGGAAGCAGCUUUGGUUCGAGAUGGACAAGGGGCCAUCGCCGAUGUUUCACUUGGGCAUGACGGGAAGUUUCCAUGUGAAGGGUCGGAACAGCCUGAAGUACGUUCGCCUCAAGGAGGAUGACCCAAAGACUUGGCCACCCAAGUUCUGGAAGGUGGAGUUCCAGAUGUCCGACGGCACCUGCUUCGCCAUGAGCGACCCCCGGCGAUUCGGGCGGAUCGGCUUGAGCACGUCGGUGUGGGAGGAGCCGUGCAUGGCGAAGAUGGGUUUUGACCCCUUACUUCAGAUGCCCCGCGUGGAGGACUUCGCGCGGCAGCUGGCGCGCCGGAGCGGCGACAUCAAGGCGGUGCUCUUGGAUCAGAGCUUCGCCGCGGGCGUUGGAAAUUGGGUCGCAGAUGAAGUGCUUUACCAAGCUGCAGUUCACCCUCAGGACGUGGCGAAGAACUUGUCGCCCAACGCCGUGAAGGCUCUCCACCGUACUUUGAGGCAAGUGGUGAAGAAGGCCUGCCAAGUGAACACAGACGCCAAGAAGUUCCCCAGGACUUGGCUCUUCCACUAUCGAUGGGAAUUGGAACCGUUUGAGGGUGGGCUUCCCGCCGACUCGACGACCUGGUUGGAAUUGGGACCCGUCGAGGUAAAGGCACCAAGUCUACGGAUGGCAAAGGACGUGAAAUCAGGUUUCUCACCUCUGGAGGGCGCACCUCCGCCUACGUGCCCUCCGUGCAACGGCCGUCGAAACGAAGAAAAGCGGCAAAGUGAUGAAACCAUAUUUAAAUGA